UGAUACUGUAUAGGAGCCAAAGUAGCCGAAUAAGCUAUUCUAUGCUGCAUCUUUUUCUAGACACAGCCUGUUAGUGCGGAUGCCAGGAGCAGUGUUUGCCUGCCUACUGGUGCGGUGUGAUCACAGUGUGUGACAGCCCACCCUCUGUGCAGCUCGCAGUGUGAGCUGGUAUUGGAAAUCUGCACACUGGAGAAUGCGGAAUCAAGACAGUCUCUGCUCAGAACACUCUUGAGUGACGCAAACAGUGACAGUGCGAGAAUGCGGAGAAUCCACCCGGCCCGUGUCGUGGGAGGGGCUUUCCACUCCUCUACUGCACCAGCGUGUACACGAGGUGCAGCAGUACUGCAGCAACAACAGCUCAGAGGAAGACGCCAGUAUCUCUCAGUGUGAAGAUGACUGCUCUGAGCUAUCGCUCACGAGUGCCAGCAAGACUGGCUGUUCCUCCACCGACACUUGUUCGUGUCAACCAGCAGAUCUUAACACCUCCUCUGCAAAACUGCUCUAAUAUGCUUGGAAGUGCGAGGUUGCGUCCUCUAUCAAUGCAGACUCAUCUACUGAUCACCCGCACUACCCUCAUCAUUAUAGUCAUCUGCCUGUGUCUUGGGAUCCCCAUUCUCCUGUGUGCAGUUCUACUGGUGGCCACGACCCUCUGCUACUGUAGAUCCAGUGAGCCGCCACGUGGAGACGACGUCCAGGACGGUGGGGGAAACCUGGAGUACAUCCAGCCGGGGUACCCCAAUCCCAUACCCCAAGACUACCACAAGAACACCCUCCUCAUGAGACCAGGGAACAUCAGAGACGCUUUUCUCGGCCUCGACAACUCAGCACCCACAGGGACCUUUGCUCGCAACCUGCGGUCGAAAGAGUACCUCAAGAUGACGCCAAAACAGAGACUCCAGGCCCUAGAGUUCCCUCACUCCAACAUCUGCAUCACCAAAGACUCCAGGAGAGCAUCCCUUCGCAACGACACCAUCAAGCACGUACAACAGCAGUUUACAGCCGACGAUGACGUGGGCCUCGGGCUACACCACCCCAACAUACUGUCUCUGCUGGCCGUCUGCAACAGGGAGGAGCCUCGCUACAUGAUCUUUGAGCACCUGGAGUUUGGGACACUCAGACAUUUCCUGCGCAGCCUGGACUCUGCCUGGAUGGACUUCGACCAGAUUCUCAACGAAGAGGCCAGCACUGCUGCCUCCACAGCCUCUCCUGCUCUUGGGGUGGAUGAUAUGAUAGGACUAGGGAUGCAGGUGGCUGACGGAAUGGAAUAUCUCUCUUCAAAGGGUCUAGUGCACAAAGACCUUGCAGCCAGGAACUGUCAUGUAAGUUGGUCAACGUUUGAAUGUCAAGAUCGCCAACUUUGGUCUCAGCUACCUCCCCCACUCAAGGACUACUGUAUCAUCAGUAGCUGCAGCAAGAUCAGCCCCGUCCCUCUCCGCUGGCUGGCCCCCGAGUCACUGGAACACGGCAAGUUCUCCCCACACUCCGACUCCUGGUCGUUUGGCAUCCUUCUCUGGGAGAUCUUCACCUUUGGGGAGCACCCCUACUCUGAUUGCUCUAACGCACAGGUGGUGAAGAACAUUGUGCGCAGGAGCCUGUUGGAGGUGCCUGAGAACGUCCCUCGCGUUGUUCACGACCUCAUCCACAAGUGCUGGAACAAAACACCCGUCAAACGACCACUGUUCACCGCCAUUUCUAGAGCACUGGAAAAUGCUCUCGGUGGCCUGAAUGCCAUCGAUCUCAAGAGAUUUGGGCAGUUUCCAUCUACUACCGAUGUAAACAACAAGACAAUGUAGAACAUGUUAGUGUAUUGAUAAGGUAUGCAUAAUUAAUCUCACAUGCAAAGGGGGCUUAAAAUAACAAAGAAAAGCAAAACCCUCGCGCACUAAAAACGCAUGUGUCAUUGCACCCAUACGACUGCACCGAUCAGAACCACUAAUGUAACAACAUCUCUUGAUGAUGUAAUGCAGCAGCAUAUAUACUGCAAAUUCAAUCGAUCGCAAGUAGACGAAAAAAUAUGGCACGUAUAUACAGACACCAAGAUACGCAGAGUUUGAUACUGUGGUGGUGUGCUACAAAAGCAUGUCCUUGAAGUAGUCCUCGAACUCGUCCUCCUGUGACUUCUCCUCCAGUGUGGCUGCAGCACUCUGUCUCCACACAGAGCUGCCCCCUUCCCCGGCAGUCUCAGCCUCUGACUCCCCUCCCGACCCACUCUCUUCUGACCCUGAACCUUUCCUCCCCUCCCUGUGUCUAUGUUUAUGCUUCUUCUUGUCCUUCUUGGUCUUACUCUUUUUGUGCCUUUUCUUGGAUGAUGUGGGCUCUUCCGUGUCCUCUCCCUUUUUCUUUUCCUUUCUCUUCCACGGCCUUCUCUUGUGAUGGAAGUUGAGUUUCACUGAGCACUCUUUGCAGAGUCGAACUUUUACCAGUGCCUGUUUCUUUUGGCCGUGCUCCAAGUAGUUAAAGUUGACCUCCCAGCUUUGGAGGUCCCUUAGCUCACUGCAGUGUUUGUUUCCACAGGAAAACUGUCCCUUCCCGUCCACCAGCUCCUUCUCCACCCGCCACCUCAGAGCAAUCUUGUUCUCCCUGUACCGGCUCAAGUCACAUAUGGCAUACUCCUUGAACAGACGGUCGUAGUACGACUUUGCUAGCUUCUUUUCCCACGUGUCGGGCGCGUCCUUCUCCGUCCAUAGAAACCUAUGCUCCUCUCCCAGUACGGAGUAGUCGUUACGGUCUUUGUCCGUGGAGCGCUUCAGGUGUUCGAUCCCGUGGCCGCUGAACAGAAGGUAGU